CCUGGAGAUUGCGUCAUACAAAAUGGUGCAAAUAGCGCUGUCGGCCAGGCGGUGCACCAGUUAUGUAAAGCAUGGGAUAUAAAGUCAGUUGGCAUAGUACGCGAUCGCCCAGAUAUUGGGCCCUUAAAAGAUUAUUUAAAGUCACUUGGCGCAACUGAAGUACUAACCGAAGAAGAAAUUCGCGCGAGUCCGCUAUUCAAAGAAAAACAUUUGCCAAUACCGCGACUAGCCUUUAAUUGUGUGGGUGGUAAAAGUGCCACUGAGGUAGCACGUCAUUUGGAAGAUAAAGGUGUAAUGGUCACCUAUGGAGGUAUGUCGCGCGAACCGGUUGUCGCCAGUACAGCUGCCCUCAUUUUCAAAGAUAUAGCAUUCCGCGGUUUUUGGAUGACCCGCUGGACGAAGGAAAACUCUGAUUCGCCGCAACGUAUAGAAAUGUUCAAUGAUUUGUGUGAAAUGAUCGAGCAGGGAAAGUUCGCCGCCCCGGUCCAUGAGAUGGUACCAUUGCAGAAGUUUAGAGAAGCAAUGGCAGCAGCUAUGAAUUUUAAAGGUUUCACCGGCAAGAAGUUUAUAUUGGACUUGCAGAAUUAAAAGAUAUUUAUAGUGUCUUCUUUUAUGUUCAAUAUCGUUUGUUAUCUUUUUACAUAUUUGCUUAUCCAACCUUCGGAAAAAAAUGUAGUAUGUAUGCAUGAUUCAAUAAUUAACAAAGUAGACUGUUUUCAAUUCUUAACAUUAAAAGAUCUAUAACUUAUAAUGGGUAAGAGAG